AUGAUUACAUUCAUCCAGGAUGGCAUUGCACAGCUCCUGGGCAUUUUGGACAUCGAUGAAGCCAACUUGAAGAUCUUGAUCUGUGCGCUCUUAUCGUUCCCGUUCAGUUUCUUGUUCAAGCGGUUGCCUGACCGCAACUAUACCCUCAAGAACGUGUACAACAUUGCGGUGUCGGCUUUCUACGUGUUCGGCAUCCUCAACCUCUAUUCGGGGUUGAUGACGCUUCUCAUUCUGUCAUUGGGGUGCUACUUCAUCACCAGAUACUUGAGAACGUCCUCCAUGCCAUGGGUUAACUUUCUCUUCUUGAUGGGCCACUUGGCAUACAACCACGUCUCGGAGCAAUUCUUCAACUCCUACGACCCCACAAAGAUCGACAUCACCGGGGCCCAGAUGGUUUUGGUGAUGAAACUCUCGGCAUUCGGGUGGAACAUCCACGAUGGUAAGCAGCCUGUGGCGCUGCUUACGCCCUACGCCAGAGAAAGAAUGUUGAAGAAGCACCCCAACAUAUUGCCCUACAUUGGAUAUGUGUUCUUCUAUGCUUCUUUGCUAACUGGCCCUGCGUUUGACUACGCUGACUAUGACAAGUUCAUCCACUCUACCUUGUUUGAUGACGUACCCGAAGAUAAGCGUCCUGGAAAGACCAAGAGAAGAAUUCCUCGCAGUGGUAAGGAAUCUUUGAGAAAGACCUUGCAGGGCUUCUUUUGGGCCUUUCUCUUUGCCAAUUCGUCCAAAUACGUGUCGCUUGACUAUGUUCUUAGUGGAAAAUUGGUUGCAGAACACAACUUCUUCUACAGAAUAUUCUACUUGUGGAUUUUAGGAUUCAGCCAUAGAUUGAAGUAUUACACUAUUUGGUCAAUUGCUGAGGGUUCCUGUAUUUUGAGUGGAAUUGGCUACAAUGGGGUUGAUCCUGAAACAGGAAAGUUCAGGUGGAACCGUGUCCAGAACAUUGAUCCUUAUGCGUUCGAAACUGGCCAGAACUGCAAGGUUUGUUUGGAGUCUUGGAAUAUGAAUACCAACAAGUGGUUAAAGAAUUAUGUUUACUUGAGAAUUGCCCGUAAAGAUAAGGGACCUGGAGUCAAGAGUACCUUGUUCACGUUCGCAACCAGUGCUUUCUGGCAUGGAACCAGACCGGGAUACUACUUAUCCUUCGUGUUGGGGGCCUUCUUCCAAACUGUUGGUAAAAUUUACAGACGGAACUUUCGCCCUAUUUUCUUGGAGAAGGACGGUAAGACUGCCAAGCCUAGUAAGAAGUAUUACGAUAUUGUGUGCUACUUCGUGACCCAGUUAUCUUUUGGGUACAUUGUGCAGCCAUUUGUUGUGUUGGACCUUAAGCAAUCGUUGUAUGUGUGGUCCACUUGUUACUUUUACCUUCACAUUGGAAUUAUUGUGACCUUUUUUGUGUUCAGAGGUCCAUUCGCCAAGGACGUGGUCAAAUGGCUCAGAUCUUUCCAAGAUCAACCUGCGGAGAAGACUGUCAGGCCUUCACCCAAGAACAAGUUGAAUUCACAGGAGUCGGGAAUUGUCAAAUCUGCAGUGGAAACCAUGCUUGACAAGGAGAUCAACGACGACUCGGUGUUGGGAGUGCCGUCAAUCGAGGUGUUGGAGACCGUCAACCGUGAAGACAUUGACCAAGAAAUUAAGGAGUUGGGAGAGGCCUGGAGGUCGUUCAGGGGUCGCCGGACGUCCAUUGCACAGGACGAUUUUGAGGGCUUGAAGGAUGCCUACAACAACUUUACCAACGAGAUCAACGAUAUCUUUGUCACCAAGAAGAAUGAGACACUUGUCAAAAAGGGUCUCAAGAAGCCCACCAACUAA